AUGCGUUUCUCAACGGUCCUCUCAGCACUUGUGCUUUCUAGCACUGUUCUGGCAAACCCCGCCCCUCAGUCUGUUGCACCCCAAGUGACAAAGGCAGCCGAGCCAGCUCCAACGGCGGCGGAGGCGGAAGCUGCUGAACCAACUGCAACUCGUGCUGUCAACAGCCAACAGGAGAACAACCAGGAAGAGACGAGUGAAACUACUGAGAAGCAAACGACAGCAGCGGCCGCCCCGACUGCCGCCACGAACGAUCAAGAGGAAGAUCCUUUGGGCGGUAUUAUUUCGUCCAUUCUUCCCUCAAAGUCAGGCACUGCGGAUCAAACUACCGAUCAGACUUCGGAUGAGACUGCUGCUCCCACCGAAACCUCAGAUCCAACAAGUACAAAAGAGCAAGAAGAGGCCACGACCACCAAGCCCCGAAGCUCGUCAACUGCCUCCAGUAGCGACAACCCUCUGGAAGGGCUCAUUCCCGAUGGUACUACCGGCAACCCCCUAACAGACAUUGGCAAUUUCCUCCAGGGCAUCACUGGUCUGCUCUCGCCCACGUUGAUCAAAGAUAUUGAAUCGUUCUUCCACCACAUCGCAUAUCUGCUUGAUGACAAGACUACGCAGCAGGCUAAGGAUCUGCUUAACCUCGCGUCGGGUCUGCUGACCAAGGACUUGAUCAACAAGCUAGAGAAUAUUCUCGACAACGCGAGCGAACUCUUGACUAAGGACACCGUGGAUGAGCUUAAGAAACUGCUUAAGAACCUCGGUCCCUUGUUGACGCCCGAUCUAUUCAAGCAGAUCUCCAGUCUUCUGAAGAACGGCAAUGCGCUUCUGACUGCUGACUUCGUCAAGGAAGUUAACUCACUUAUCGGAAAUGCCAACACCUUGUUGACACCUGAAUUGGUCAAAGAGCUUAAGGGCCUGCUUGACUCUGCUGGUCCUCUUCUAACGCCUGAUCUAUUUAAACAGAUCUCCACGCUCCUGAAGAACGGCAACGCACUUCUAACUGCUGGCUUUGUUAAGGAGGUUAACUCGCUGAUUGGAAAUGCUAACACCUUGUUAACUCCUGAAUUGGCCAAGGAGAUCAAGGAGUUGCUCAAGGCUGCUGGUCCUCUUCUGACACCUAGUCUGAUCAAGGAUAUUAGCACCCUCCUCAAGAACGCCAUCAACUUGCUGAGUGCGGACUUCGUGAAAAACACCAAGGGAUUGAUCAACACGGUGUCGCCAGUUAUCACCAAGGAUCUCCUUGCUGAAGUUGCUGGAUUGUUGGGUAACGCCAACCACUUGUUGACUCCUGAAUUCGUGAACGACACCCAGUCAUUGAUAGAGUCUGUUGGUCCGCUGCUCAAGCCUUCGCUGUUCAAGGAGAUCAGCUCACUCCUGGGCAACGCCAAUGACCUGUUGACUGCGGACUUUGUCAAGGAGACCCGCAGCUUGAUUGGUGCUGUCUCCCCUGUUCUGACGCCGGCCGUUCUCAAGGAAGUUGCCGGCUUGUUGGGCAACGCCAACGAUCUCCUGACCAAGGACUUCGUCAACGAAACCCGCGGCCUCAUCGGAACUGUUUCUCCCUCUAUCACACCCGAGCUCCUCAAGCAAGUCAGCGGCCUUCUCGGCAAUGCCAACGACUUGUUGACCAAGGAAUUUGUGAAAGACACCAAGGGAUUGAUCACAGAGCUCGGCCCGAUUGUCGACGACGGCGCCAUCGGCGACCUGCUCACCAAUGCCAACCACCUCUUGACGCCCAAGUUCGUCAAUGAGACAUCUGGAUUGAUCAGCAGUGUCUCACCCGUUAUCACACCCGAUCUCCUCAAGGAAGUCGGUGAUGUCCUGGAUCACGCCAACAAGCUGCUCACUGAGAAGUUCGUCGAGGAAACUCAGAGCUUGAUCAGCAGCGUUGGCCCGGUUAUCACACCCAAGCUCCUCAACAAUGUGACCGCGCUGGUUGGAAACGCUACUGGCCUUCUCACACCGAAAUUUGUCGACGAGACCAAGGGUCUCAUCGAUGAGGUCGCGCCCGUCAUCACUCCCGAUCUUCUCGGCCAGGUUGGCGGUCUCCUGACCAACGCCAAUGACCUGCUAUCCAAGAAGUUCGUUAACGAGACGACGACGUUGAUUGACGACGUUUCUGAGUUGCUUCCUGUUCUGAUGCAGAUCUUGGGUAGCCUGUGA